AUGACGAGUUUAAGUUCAAUCAAGGUACCGGUGUUUGAAGGUAAAAACUUUGAACACUGGAGGUUACAGAUGGAUAAUAUUUUCAUAUAUCAAGAGGAGUGGGAUAUUGUGAAAGAUGGUUAUGAUGAACCAGCAGCAGGAUUUGUUUUAACAGCAGAACAACAAACUGCUUUAACAGCAAACAUGAAGAAUAACUCUAAAGCAACCUAUAUUCUUCAUCAGGGUAUUCAUGAGUCUCUCAUGGAUAGGGUUAUCUAUAUUAAAGAAGCUAAAGCAGCAUGGGAUGGUUUAAUGGAAUCAUCAGAGACAAUAUCAGACUUCUUAUCAAAGACAUUGAAUGAGAUGAAAGUUAAUGGUGACACCAUAGAAGACUCGGCUAUUGUGAAAAAGAUCUUAAGAAGCUUACCUGAGAAGUUACUUGAAAAAAGAGCUGCUGCAAAAACAGUAGAAGAAGCACUACAAAGUCAAGUCAGAUGGACUAACAAUCAAGGAAAUUCUAGCUCUGGAGGAAGAUCAAAUAAUGGAAGUUAUCAGGGAAGAUAUAAUUUUGGAGGAAGAUCAAAUAAUGGAGGUUAUCAGGGAAGAAAACCAAUAGAUAAAGCAAAGCUUCAGUGUUAUAAUUGUGGAGAUUUUGGACAUUUUUCUUUUGAUUGUCCAAAUCCUAGAAAAACAACAGAAAACAACUACAAAUCCAACUUCAAAGCAAAUAUAGCUGAGAGUCAAGAAGAAGAAGAAGAAGAACAUAAAGCUGAAAACACGUUACUUUCUUGUCAUACUGCAGAAGAACAACCUUGA